UAUGUUGUUCACUGGUACACGAAAGAGACUUGGCAGAACAAUCAGUGAGGUGAUAAGUCCAAUAGAUGAACUGCAUUAUCUUAAAUUCUAAUAUAGGAUUAACUGUGGGAUCAAUAACUAAUUUUAAGUGCGUUCUGUCACUCGGUAUAAAACCAGGACCCCCUCCAUCUCUCUCAUUUAGUUCAAUGGCGACCUUUUCUUCUGUCUCGAUAACACUGCUGGUCUUCUUUGCCCAAACUGGCACCUCGCUGGAAAUUUUCAAAUACAAAGUCGAACUCGAUGUGAACACGAACUUGGUUUUAAGAUGGGGGAUAGACUACAACAUGGCCAGAAUUUACUUCGAACUGAGCGCCACGGUCUUGCCUGGCCAGGGUCUGAUGUUUGGGUUCUCCGACUACGGCGACGUGACAGGGGCAGAUUUGGCGGUCUUAGGGACCCAUUUUGGCAAAGUUAACUUAAAGGACUGCUGGACUGACAAAAAUGGAAUUUUACGGAUGGAUUUUCGACAAAACUAUGCAUUAACCAGUGGUGAAUGGAGAAACAACAAAUUGCUGGCGAGAUUUCACAGACGAUUUGACACGUGCGAUCCCAUGGAUUACGCCAUUGAUACAGGCACCACACACGUGAUAUUUGCUGUAACGCAGGGGCCUCUACAGCCUGGACAACAGUUACCGUCCUCCGUCAAAGUUGGUCUACAGAGGGUCCAGCUGCUGAAGCCCGACCUACCACAGCCAGACAUCCCCCCAGAUACCUGGUCCUUUGACAUCUUGAACCCAAACAUAACCAUUCCGGCCCGAGACACAACGUAUUGGUGGUAUGUCACCCAGCUCCCACAACUCCCCACCAAAAACCAUAUCAUUCAGUAUGAAGGGGUAAUAACGAAAGGAAACGAAGAAUUUGUUCACCACAUUGAAGUGUUUCAUUGCCAAGUGGACCCUCUGGUAAAAGUGACGUCUUACAACGGCCCGGGCAUGGCUGAGGGCAAAUCUCCUGAACUAGAGGCGUGUCGGGAAGUUAUCGGUGCCUGGGCAAUGGGCGCAUCGGCCAUAUAUCUACCUAACGAGGCGGGGACAGCUAUUGGUGGUCCGCAUUUAUCACGUUACGUUCUUCUGGAGGUCCAUCUCAACAACCCAAAACUGAAAACAGGAGUGAAGGAUUCGUCGGGGAUACGGUUUCGUGUGACCAGACACUUGCGGCCUUACGACUCGGGGAUCAUGGAGUUAGGGCUGGAGUACACCAAUAAAAUGGCGAUACCCCCGGGCCAGAACGCAUUCACACUUCCGGGAUAUUGCAUUCCAGAGUGUACCAGCAUAGCCUUGCCUCCGAGUGGGAUCCGAAUUUACGCUUCCCAGCUCCAUACUCACCUGACCGGGAAAAAAGUCUUCACAAAACACUUCCGGGCCGGGAUCGAGCUUCCGGAACUCAACAGAGAUAACCAUUACAGUCCACACUUCCAGGAAAUCAGGACCCUUCCUCGCCACGUGCACGUGCUUCCAGGUGAUGCCCUUUUGACGUCUUGUGUGGACAGCACCGCUAAUAGAUCAUCGAUAACACUGGGUGGCUUCUCCAUACGGGAGGAGAUGUGUGUGAACUAUGUACACUACUACCCUCGCUGUCAGCUAGAGGUCUGUAAGAGCUCCGUGGCGGACCACUCUCUACAUCGCUUCUUCCAGCUAGCGAACGCAACACAGAAUUCAGAUGAUGUCGCGGAGAGAUACCAAUCUGUGGACUGGACUCCCUCCAAAGUUGCGUCACUGCAGAAGCUCUACCAACACGCUCCCAUCUCUAUGCAAUGUAACACAUCGAGUGGAGUCCGAUUUCCGGGCUACUGGAGCACCAAAUCUGUUCCUAGAAUUCUCCUCCCACGCAAAUCCGCGAGUACUGGCUGUGUCAAAGAUAUACCCUGGGUUAUUCCAUAACAAUGUAAUAAAAUCGUUUACGUUU